GUGGAGUUGUCGCUACGGCGACAACAGAAGAAAAAACAAAAUGUAUAAAACAAAUGUUUUUGCCAGAAAAACAUAUUUUUUUUUUUUUGGACUUUAAUUGAAAUGGCAGAGUACGACUCUAUAUGCCAGGUUGUACUUCCGAAGUUGGUGUCCCCACCAACUGUAUAUAAAAACACGUGUAAUAAAAUUACAGAAUUAAAAACAAUGUACAGUUAUAACUGUACUGAGUAUAACGAUGACUAUGCACCGAAUCCCGAAGCGUCCACUUCAGACGAAUUCUAAAUGCAAAGUGAGAAAAACAUAUUAUAAAUAAAAUGUUGAAGUGUGAAUUGCCCCCAAAAAAAGGCCGAAAUAAACCCAAAGUAAUGAAGGAAUGGGCUGAAGACGAUAUUUUCAAGCUCAUUUCGUUGGUAGAAGGAGAAGAUUCCCUGUGGAAUGCUGGAAGUAGAGGAUACCACAACAAACAACUUCGGGACAAAGCGUGGCGGCAAAUAAGCGAAAACUUUGAAGGUAAAUAUACAACGUCAGACCUAAAUGCAAAGUGGACAAAUUUGCGAAUUCAAUAUCGUGGUUAUGCUACCAGAACAAAAACCAAAUCGGCAAGAGGCGCUGUUAAACCUCCUAAAUGGAGAUUUUUUUUAACGUGAUGAGUUUCGUAGGAAGAGCAGAGGAAAUCCAAACACAAGAAACAACGGCGAAUAUCUUUUUAGAAAUUGAAUCAGAAAGUAAUUCUGCCAAUAAUUCUGCUUCAUCAUCUUUGUCAACACUGCCCCCCAUGUCAACACCACUGCGGCCACAACAUUCGACUGUGCAAUCCGCAAUAACCCAGAUUGCGGAAACUAUGCGGGAGAUUGCAAUGAAAGAACGCAACCAAAAUGUCUUGGAUCCCAACAUUUCGUUUGCCAAUUAUCUUCUAAGUGAACUGAAGACACUCAGUGACAAUGGCGCUGCGUCAGUGCGAAAGAAAGUCACAUUGUACUUUUUACAAUGUGUGGAAGAGGAGAGAAACAACCAAUUUCAGUGAAGCAUUCAACAUUUAGAGUAAUUGGAUUUGGGAAUUUCGAGAAAAAAUUAGAAACUCAAUCAAUGUAAUGAUAAUGCAAUUAUUUUUCCUUCCGAAUAUUUAUUGAAUCGUGAAUUGUUUAUUUUAAUUAAGUUAAGUUGUGAAUUAAAGAUCUCAUUUUUAUUAAACACACCACAAGGGCAUAGUCAUAUGUAACCAUGUUACAGCCAUUAAAAAUCAUGAUAUUCACUUGAAUAUUUGUACAAAUCUUUAUUUUAUAUCUAUAUACAUACUAAUACAUUAAUUUUCAUCUAUUUGCAUUAA